AUGACCAUAUGUAAAAUCAUAUACGGUACUGCGUGGAAGCAGGAAACUACCACUGCACUGGUCGUGAGCGCAGUCCUCCAGGGGUUCCGUGCGAUAGACACUGCGUGCCAACCCAAGCAUUAUCGGGAAGAACUGGUUGGCGAAGCACUCCGGAUACUAAGAGAAGAGCAUGGCAUCCAGCGACAGGACCUAUUCAUACAGACAAAAUACACAUCGCUAGGAGGCCAGGACACCACAAAACCACUCCCAUACAAUCCGCAUGACAGCAUCACAACGCAGGUCGAGACAUCUUUCCGUAAAUCACUUCGGAAUCUAGGCACGACGUACCUCGACAGCUUGCUCCUCCACUCGCCUCUCGAACAAAUGUCUCAAACACUCGAGGCAUGGCAGGUACUUAUCAGGCUGCAGGACGAGGGCAAGGUGAAGAUGAUUGGAGUGAGCAACACGUACGACGUCAACACUCUCGAGCUGCUUGCGAAGGCGACCGGGAGGAGAGUCCAGAUUGUGCAGAAUAGGUGGUACGAGGGCAAUCGUUGGGACCGUGAGGUCUGCAGCUACUGCAGGAAGAAUGGUGUUCAGUAUCAGUCGUUCUGGACACUCUCUGGAUCUCCAAAGCUGCUCGCCCACCAGAGUCUCCGCGAGAUAGCGCGUACCAAGAGUUGCACGCCUCCUCAAGCGGUCUUCCGACUAGCGCAACUGCAGGGCAUUACGCCGCUCUCCGGUACGACCAACGAGCAACACAUGAGACAAGACGUGGAAGCGGAGCAGAUCGACCUGGGCGAUGUGGAUGCUGCCGUAAAGGAGGUCACCAAGCUCGUCUUGGGUGUAUGA